CAGCUAGUGGAUUGCGUGCUUGAAGCUACAGUACCUACAAUAUGCUGUAAUCUAACCCUCGCAGUUACCACCAACACACCUACACUUUAUCAGUCUUCGGGUGUGCAAUUUCUUGAUUGCGGUCCGGCGAACAAAAGAUCCCUCUUACAGACUACAGAAAAAGGAUCGAAAGCUAAAAGUUCGUUUUACGACAAUUUGAAGGCUGGAAUAGAAGAAGAGCUCGAAUAAGGGAAACGGAGAUCAAUAUGGCCCCCCACUUCAUCAGCGACGAAGAUGUAGUCGCCGUGAGAACAACCCAGGAAAAGAGCCGGCAGCAACCGACAAGCCAGGAUGGUGGUAAACAACCUUUGAGAACGAUAUACCUAUUUUUGGAGCUCAGGGAGCGCCCAAUUGAUGAGGUUCGACCGGUUUCAGUGAUCGUGGUGGGAUCGGGUAUGGCUGGGAUUACGGCUGGAAUCUUACUGCCUAGGAAAGUACCUGGAGUUCAAUUGACGAUUUUAGAAAAGACCUCAGAUAUUGUGAGUAGUUUCCUAUGAUAAAGCACAACUACUGACAGAUUCAGGGCGGGACUUGGAAUACAAAUAUCUACCCGAACGUCCGAUGUGAUGUGCCUUCAACCAUUUAUCAAUCCUCGUAUGCACCAAACACCAAAUGGACAAGCAACUAUGCUCCAGGUGCUGAGAUCAAAGCUUAUUGGUCAGGCCUAGUCGACCGAUUCGAUGUGAGAAAACUUAUCCAGUUCAACAGCGAGGUGUUGAAGGCAGAAUGGUCCUCCGACAAGGGGAAGUGGGUUGUGGAAGUCAGAUCGGAGGGAGGUGUACGCACGGAAGAAUCGGAUUUUUUGAUCACCGCUACGGGUACUUUCAGUCUUCCCAAGCUUCCCGAAUAUCCCGGAAUUGAAAGUUAUAAAGGCCACCUUCGACAUAGCUCAAACUGGGAUCCAACUUUUGAGCCGGAAGGGAAAACGAUUGCGGUGAUUGGAAAUGGUGCCUCGGGUCUCCAGGUCGUACCUCUGUUACAACAGAAAGCAAAACAACUUUACCAUUUUGCCAGGAGUCGGACGUGGAUCGCUGGCAGCUUGGGAGGGGAGAACCUUAGUCGAGACACUACCAAACCCAUCGAGAUACCACAGGAUCCUGUAGGGUACACACUGUACCGGAAACAGCUGGAGAAUAACUUCUUUAGUCGGUUCCCGAAUAUCCUUAAACGACAUGAAAAAAGCGCUGCAUCGAAGGCGUUGUUUGAAAAACUGACGGCAGAUAGACUCGGAGGAAGAAGCGACUUGCUGGAAGCCAUCCGACCGGAUUUCUCUCCAAGUUGCCGCAGAUGGACACCAGGACCUGGGUAUUUGGAGGCAAUUACGCAGGAUAACGUUGAAUAUGUGGCGGAGAAGAUCGAGAGGUUUACGCCGACGGGUAUUGUGACGGUUGAUGGAAAAACGAGAGAUAUCGACGCCGUGAUUUGUAGUACUGGGGCAGAUAUCUCCUUCUCAUCGGCCUUUCCCAUCAUUGCUCAUGGUAUUGACUUGCAAAAGUCAUGGCGUCCAGGAGGCAAUCCCGGAUUCCCAGACACGUAUCUUGGAAUCGCGGCUCCUGAUUUCCCCAACCUCUUCCUCAUCCUCGGAGCCAAUUCCAACUCGACUGCCGGCACCGUUCCGUUUAGUAUCGAAACCCACGCAACCUACAUCUCCAAGAUCUUGCGAAAGGUCUCUACUCAAGGUAUCCGCACCAUUACCCCCAGCCGGGCGGCCACCAAUGACUUCCGCGCUUAUUGCGAGUCCUUCAUGCCGCAUACGGUGAUCAGUGAGAAGUGUAGUUCAUGGUACAAUGGAGGGAUUAUUGGAGGUCGCAUUCAUGGCAUCUGGCCUGGCAGUGGGACGCAUGCCUUGAUCGCACGGAGGGAGGUUCGAUGGGAGGAUUUCGAGUACACGUAUCAUUCGCCAUCGAAGAAUCGGUUUGCCUAUUUUGGAAAUGGGUGGGCGAAGAAGGAUAUCGAGGCCGCAACCUCGGAUAACCCGGAGGCCGUAGACUUUACGACGUAUCUGCGAGAGGAGGCGGUUAGUGGCGAGAUAGACUUGAGAGGAUACCUCGAAGAGCCAUGGUAUCAGGUUGAGACGUUUUAGAGACACAUAGAAAUUUGUGGAUACUGAUUGCGGUUCUAUUCAAGCAGUGUAGAAUGGGCGGUUGGUAAUGGUGUUGUUGCUGGCGGGGUUGCUGCUGCGUAUGG